CGACAAUGUACAUAAUGAGCUUCUUUGACCAUUUUCUCCUCUCCUUUUUCACAUUCUAAACCAAAAAACCCGACAACAAAACCCACCCGGCCCGAUCACCAUCGAAACCGUAACUGAGAAACCGAAAAAUGGCGUUGCUCGGCGACGACGGCCGAGGUUACGAGCUAGCUCUGAAACUGGAGAGUCACGGCGUAUGGCGUUCAUGGCUCGGCGAUUCACUGUAUACCAAUUUCAUUCCUCUUCUUUCUUCUCCUUCUACUUGGGAUUCUUUCAUGAGAACAGACGAUGCAAAAACUAGGGUUCAGAUUCACCUACAGCUUCGUGUUCGUGCUCUCCUGUUUGAUAAAGCAUCUGUUUCUCUUUUCCUCCGAUCCGAUAAACCGCCGACGUCAAUUCAUACUGCUUCUAUAAUUUCGAAGCUCAAUCCAAAUUAUUUGCAAUUACAUGGUGAUGAUGUGUAUUUUACACUUGACAAUUGUUCGCAAGAUGAGGCUCAACAGCGUGAAGGUGUUUCUGGUACAAGCACUGUGUUAUCUAAGGUCCAAUCUAAGUCAAAUUUUGGUGCUGGAUCAAGAUAUAGCGAGUCAGAAGCUGAUGCAAUGUCUCAGAGGUUGAAGCUUGAUGAUUUACCUGAAACAUGGUAUAACCAGUUCUUUGAAAAAUACAAAGCAAGUAAAUCAUAUAGGCUACAGUUUGGUGACAGUGAAACAGAAAAGCGAACACCUGAACAGAUGUCCUUUUAUCGUAAAGUUGUUGAGAAUCACAAGAGACGGCGUGUAGCUUUUAAAGUAGAUCAGAACAUUGGUUUUGGCAUGUUGGAUGAUGGAUCAAACCUGCAAUCAAACUCAAUUUUAGAUAACGACAACCCAUUUUUUCCUGAAACAAUAUCUGCCAUGAAUUGUGUUCCUGAUAGUGCAGUCCUGCGGACAAGUCAAUUGAAAGAGAACCAGAAAGUGGAGUUUAACGGGGUUCUAGAUACUUUACCCCAAAUAAUGACCAAGAGUCCUAUUAUGAUUGAGAGGCUUGGUAUUAGACCAGAGUACCUUAGCAUGGAUCAAGGCAGCAAUCAAAAUCUUGGAAAGAAUGGUGCAGAGAGGAGUAAGAAAUGUCUAGGUGAAAUGCAAGCACUAAAGUUAUCACAAAAGGUGAUGGCACGAUUGCUGGGAAAUGUGGGUUUUGAAGGCUCAUCUGAAGUUCCACUAGAUGUCUUGACUAAAUUCAUGAGUUGCCAUAUUCGUAAAUUAGGUUCUACCUUAAAACUCCUUUCUGAUAGCUACAGAAAGCAGUGUUCAGCUAUGGAACUUCUCAAGAUGUUUCUCCAUACAGAUGGACAUAGUAAUCUUGCGAUGUUAUCUGCACUUGUGAAGGAUAAUACUAGGAAUGUUGUGCAACAAACUCAGCAACAAGUACAUGGAUUCCAACAACAGUUGCAACCUCAGCAUGCAUCUGCCAUUCGACAGUCACAGCAGGUGCAGAUAUUAAGAAUGCAUCCUCAGAUGCAGCAGAUGAUCAAUUCUCAAAAUCUGACUCCUCAGCAACAGCAGCAGCUGAUCAGUUCCCAAAAUCUGACUCCUCAGCAACAGCAGCAGUUGAUCAAUUCCCAAAAUCUGACUCCUCAGCAACAGCAGCAGCUGAUCAGUUCCCAAAAUCUGACUAUCAAUUCCCAAAAUGUGACUCCUCAGCAACAGCAGCAGCUGAUCAAUUCCCAAAAUCUGACUCCUCAGCAACAGCAGCAGUUGAUCAAUUCCCAAAAUUUGACUCCUCAGCAACAGCAGCAUCUGGAGAGAUUGCGAAGGCGCCAGCAGUUAACACCUCGUCCUGGUAUGAGUAUGAACAUGAACAUCGACAAGGACAGGCCCUUAGUCGAAGUCAAGCUUGAACAUCCAACUGAUUUUCCAAUGGACAACAAUGCCUUUAAUGCAAUGACUGCGAGACAGCCGCAGAUGCAGCAGUUCCGUCAGCAGCAAAUUGCAGCUAUGUCAUCUACCUAUGCUCAAAACACAAAUCAGUUUAGGCCAAUGUCUUCUCUUCAAAUUCCUCAAGUGCAGUCACCGAAUAUGGGAAUGGCCAGGGCUCCCCCCGUAAAAGUCGAAGGAUUCCAGGAAUUGAUGGGUGGAGAUUCAACAAUGAAGCAUGAUUCCGAAGAAAAUAAGUUAAUGUCUCCUCAAAAAUAGUAUUGUACCAAUGGCUAGUAAGUAUUGAAUUAGCAGUAGAUGGGUUCAUAACAAAGCUGUUUUCUUGUCACUCUUGUGAACUGCUUUUUUACAUUGUUUAGCUAAAUUAUUUAUACACAGAAUGAUUGCUGAAAGAAAAUUUAAGUAGGCAUUGUACAUUUUUUCAUCGGGAUGGCUGCUGCGAUCAGGUGUGUACCAUAUUCCAUUGUCAUU